UGUUGACUGGAGCAUACUGUUGUAUAGAUCUUUCUGGAACCCUGAAAGGCUGGCAAUCAUCCAAAGCUACGUGGGACAAGAGCUGUUGUGACAGCGAGAAUGAAUACCCGUUGAUACAGCCACCAACAAAUCUGACAGAUACUGAUUUAUCGAAGUUGGAUCGGACUAUCGCGCACAUGAAAACUUUUCAAAUAGAGAUGCCAGUCUGCCUUGGUCUUCCUUAUCAAACCAUGGUUAAACUACCUUCUUGUCAGGAUUACACGACAACAACAACAACAACAACUACCACCACGACAACAACAACAACAACAACAAAGAGGCCGACCCCACCACCUAAACUCUCCCAGCAAACAUCAGCAGGGCUUGUUGCAACUUCAUCAACAGUUUUUCUUCUUCUCCUUCUUUUCGUAAAUCUAGAAUAAACUCUCCCCCCCCCUCUAUACUUUUAAUAUUUCAAAAAUUAAGUUUUAAAAAAGUCCUCCCAUGUAAAGCCUGAAUCCAAUACCAGAAUCUCAAGGUCUUGGAGGAUAAAUAGUUAUACAGAGCUUCAUUCAUCCUCUUUGGACCCAAUACAUACUUAUACAGAGCUUCAUUCAUCCUCUUUGGACCCAAUAAAUACUUAUACAGAGCUUCAUUCAUCCUCUUUGGACCCAAUAAAUAAUCUUAACAUUUUUAGUUUAGGUGAAAACUAGAAUUUAUUUUUAUUUGACAAAUUAUUU